CGCCUCAGCUGCAAUACUAUUGGAGGGUAAAGAAUAAGGAACUAUUUUCAAAUCAGACUUACGGCUGCCUGCAGCUUCGGAAAUGCUUGGAUUCGGGCGGCGGAGGAAGAGAAAUGGCAGCAGUCGACGCUGGGCCAUAAAGAGCAAGAAGCCACUUCGGACUCCUGCUGUACCAACGGCCCCUAUUCCAGAUAGCAAAUUAAAGGUGGACACUAUGGAGGAGACAAGUGUUCAAACCACUAAACCGCUGUCUUCACCACUAAGUAUUGGAGCUCUGUUUUCUGCGUUUGGAAGUGUUAUGCAAAAAUUCAGAAAGACAAUUAAUCAAAUCUGUUCUGGACUCCUGAAUGCCGUCUUUUUCUGGAGAGGCUAUUCAGAAAGAGUGGAGUCCCUUCACCAAAAAGUAGAGGAGCUGCAAAGGGAAAUAGCACUAUUGCAUUCCAAUUUGAAGCUGUAUCGAGAAGCCAAGACUGUAAGCGGUCAGUGUGAAAUGCCUAAUGGUGUUCAGCACUCUCCACCACCACCACCACCUCCUCCCCCGCCUCCGCCUCUCCCUCCUCCUCAAAUUCUGUUGACGCUUGCUGUUCCGAAGGUGGCCUCUCAUCCCCCAAAACCUGCACAAACUAGCUCUCUGAAGGAGAAGCAAAGUGGCCUCGCUGCCGUGACUCUUCGAGAUCUUCAAGCAGUACGAUUAAGGAAAGUGACUGUAGGCCCAAAAACUCAGGUUUCUCCAGAGAGAAGGAGAUCGCCACUGGUCACACUUGCAGACUUGCAGAAAGUCCGUUUACGGCGCUCUAAUUCAGACCUGCCCUUAAAGUCUAGAUCAAGCAGGACUGUCUGUAGGACACCAACUAAACAUCCAGUGAAUCUUCGGGUACAGCUUCGAAAAAUCAACUUAUCGAGGAGUCCUGGUGGCACACCGCUAUUUAACAAAGAGAAUGAUGUGAUGGAUUCAAGCCUGGACCCAAGCAUGACCAGAGGAUUAGGAAACCAAUACCUGAGCGCUUUAACAAAGGGACUAUCACCACUCAAGGCUGUCUAAAAGAAAUGGACUCUUUUAUAUUUAUUGCAUGGCCAGUCUUGUCUUUCUUUUUGGUUUGUUUUUACAUGUUUACUAUGACUGUGCUAAUAGCUUUGGUUCUCAUACUGUCGUAUUACUAAAGUAAUUUUAUUUUAGUGACAGGACAGCAUUUGAUGUUACUUGCUGCUGUUGUUUUAUAUACUUGUUGCAUGUGAAAUGUGCUUCUUGCUGCUUUUAUAUCAGAACCCCCUUUUCAAAACAUGCUCACAAUCACAAUAAGAAAUGCACACUGUAUGAAAAUGAAAUGCACAUCAGAUUGAGCAUGUUUUUAGAUAUGGUUAAUUGUAUAACUAAUAGAACUAAACAAUUGAACAUGCAGUUCAGUGUCUUUGUUACUGAAUAUACUGUGGAAUGUGCGAACUUGUAAAGCUGUGAGACAAUGUUUCUGAUCUGAUUCAGUACGCCAUUGAUAUCUUAUGUGUGCAUGGUAAAACUCAAGCACAGCUUGAAAUAACCAGCCCUGUUAUUGUGAGACUCAGGAUGGGUUUUUUAUGUUUUACUGUAUGCUUAAUGGUGGGCUUGAGGUGUAAAACCCAAUUGCAUGUUACAGUGUCUUAAUGUUUUUUAUUUUAAAGGAUCUUUUGCAAUAUUUUUCUAAAGCCACUUUUAUUUGUAUCCCAAAAAUAUUGCAAUGAAUAAAAAAACGUCUAAUAAAUAUUGUACCUACAAAAA